AUGGCCGAUCAAGAUCCUCAAUCUCAGAACCCGGAGUCAGCAUCUACUCCCACCAAGCAAAAGCGCACUCCCCCCAAGCUAGGCAAGAAGUCUCCAGCUAAGCAAGAACAAACCCCGCCUGCAUCAGAGCAAGAACACGAAGACGACAAAGAAGAGUCCAAAGAAGAAGGCACUGAGAAACAGGAAGAGCAAAAGCAAGAACCUGAACCUCACAAGCAAGAGCCCGAUUCAGACGAAGAAAACAACGAUCAGAAAGAAGAAGAGCCUGCACCUGAACCUGCUCCGGAACCUCAGCCAGAGCCUCAGCCAGAACGUCCUCGUCGUAGACGUCCCCGCCCUAAACAAGAAUCAGACGUCGAGUCCGUUCCACGUAACGAUAUGUCGGACGCCCAACCGCAGCAGCGCCAGCGCACCCGUCGCUCACGCCAGCCGCAACAGCAGCAAGGUGGUGGUCCCCUCGACAGCCUCGGUGGCGGCGGCGUCGACCAAGCCGGUCAGCUAGUCCAGAACACGGCUGGCAAUGCUCUAAAUGGUGUGACAGGGUCAGCCGGCAAGGCCGUCGGCGGUGUCCUUGGUGGAGGCCAGAAAGAACAGAAAGACGACGGUGGCAAGGACGAGCAGCUGCGUCUGCGACUGGACCUCAAUCUGGAUAUUGAGAUUCAACUGAAGGCGAAGAUCCACGGUGAUUUAACCAUUGGAUUAUUGAAUUGAUCUGUCUUGACUAUAGCUCCUAGAGAA